UCGGUGUAUUUUAGGAGUUUGUUGGUAAAAUGGUUGGUACAAUGAACGAGAACAGGAAACCGGAAGUGACGACAGUCUAGUGUUGGCUAAGCUGUUUGAAAGCGAAAGAGACCCGCGGUGUUUAUCUUACGCUUUAUGUAGUUUGCAGACGUCACUAAUAUCCGCUUGGUAUUUAAAAUGUCGUCUUUGCCUCAGAAGGCUCCAGGUGGUGGUCUGGGUGGUGUUCCGGGUGGUGUUCCGCUUCAGCAGCAGCAGCAGAACCUUCUCAUGGGCGCCGGUUCAGGAGCCUCAGUCCCAGGACAGGCUUCUAUGCCUCCAAACUCCGCCGCUCUCAGAGAAAUCUCCCCGGUUUUCCUGUGUCGCAUCGGUCAGGACACCGUGCAGGACAUCGUCACCCGCACCAUGGAGAUCUUCCAGAUCACACGUGCUACUCAGUUGCCCAACGGUGUAACCCAGAGUCAGGCAGCAUAUCAGGACCGCUUUGGGAAACUGCAGGAGCACCUGCGCCAGCUGACUUUGCUUUUUCGCAAACUCCGACUGCUGUACGAGCGCUGUGUAGAGAUGACCUCUGACCUUCAGGAGUCUCCUGCUGAGCUGGUGCCAUAUGUUGGAGAGGAGAUGGCUCCAGUCAGAGUGGAGCACUGCAGUCCUGCUGUGACUCAGGACAAGCAAGAAGUUUUAAAGAAAGUGAGGCAGAAGAAUCAGGAGAUGAAGGUGCUGAUGGACCAGAUGAGGAACCUGCUGUGGGACAUCAAUGCCAUGCUGACAAUGCGCAAAUGACCAGAAAACAUUUCCAUUUUUCUUUCAGGGGUGCCUUUUUCUUUUUGUAAACAAACUUGUGAGCCACCUUCCAUCCAGUCUCUUUUAGUCAGGACAGCAGAUGGCUCAGGAUCACCGGUAUCGUUACUGCUGCGUUGUAUGUAGUCAUUAUUAAUGAGAUUCGGGUGGAAAACUUCCUCAUUUGUGAUACGUACUUCUUGCUGUAAAGUACUGUACUGAGAUGCUCUUGGAUUAUCAGGGAUCUAGGCACAUGAAUUCCAUGCCAAGUAGUAAGGAGUGAGCCCAGGUAAUCUCUAGAGGGACAGAUGGGAGACCAGCCUGAGCUACAGGUUUACUCUGUGCCACUAACAGGAAAUCCCUGACCCUCUGAGCAGGAGACUGUGUGAUCUCUCACAUUUUUCAUCCUGGCAGCUAUUUUAUCAAGAUAAAGAAUCAGCGUGUGUGUAAAUUUUCCUUCCGGAAUGUGUGCCACAUGAAUAAUGUUUGUAAGAUGAAUCUUUUGUACAGUCAAAGAUUUUCACAUCAUUUUGUAUAAAAUAAAGAAUUUCUGACUCA